CUUGGACGCACAUCUUCAUCUCCCAUCGCGGAUCUUCAUCUCAGGACACUUCCUUAACUUCUUGUCCUAAAUAAUUGAGCAGCCUCAAUUGCAAAUAUGUUGAAGUUUGGGACCAACAGAGUUCUGGGGCUUGCGCCGGGUGGUGUUUUGGCAAGGGCCAAAACCUCGUUUCCACGGCUCUACCACGAGAGGGUGGUGGACCACUACAACAACCCCCGCAAUGUAGGCUCCUUUGACAAGAACGACCCCGGCGUUGGCACAGGGCUGGUAGGUGCCCCUGCCUGUGGCGAUGUGAUGAAGCUUCAGAUAAAGGUUGACAAUGAGACUGGGAAGAUCGUUGACGCAUGCUUUAAGACCUUCGGUUGUGGUUCCGCUAUCGCCUCCUCUUCUGUUGCAACGGAAUGGGUAAAGGGGAAGCAGAUGGAGGAAGUGCUAUCCAUCAAGAACACGGAAAUUGCCAAACAUCUUUCCCUUCCUCCUGUGAAGCUCCAUUGCAGCAUGCUCGCAGAGGAUGCAAUAAAAGCCGCCGUGAAGGAUUACGAGGCAAAGCGCGCAAAAUUAUCCUCAAGUGAGCAUGCUGCUGAUGCUUAGUAAUGUUACUGGGGAGCCAUGCCUGUAAACAAAGUGGCAUUCUGUCUGAAUAAAUCAUUCUGUACUAUGUAUAAAUACACACACACACACUCCUAUGUGUUCCUGAACUGUGUUUUUUUUCUGUCAUGUUUGGUAAUAUUUCAACCUAAUAUUGGAAAAAAUGAUAAGAGUAGUGUGAUUUUAUGUAUUCUACAUAAUAUUUUGGUGAACUCUUAAAAUUAUAUUGCAAUUGAAGUGUGUAGUCCUCCUCUUAUGUUUCAUUACUCCAUAUGGUUCAAUCCCUUGUGUGCUAAUGUCCGUUUGGAGUCUAAAUUUGUUAAUCUAUUAAAUGUGCAGAUCAUCU